GGAAUUAAAGAUCCCGUCUCGACCCUGAAAUUAGCCAAGUUUGGAUAACUUUUAGAUGCAAGUAUUCCGAGACGCCCAGCCAAAGUCGCCGUCAGGGACCCACUGGGCGGCCCACUUCGUUUCAAUCGUUGCUCAAUCGUCCUGCUACUUGACUUUCGCGUUUUCAGUCUGGACGAUCUUCGCUUUUCCUUCUGGCAUCUUUCCCUUUGAUCUCCUUCUCCGCUACUCCGCUCCCUGACAGUCUCUACCGAGCUUCUCGCUCAGCAUUCGUUUCUCCUGCCCCCCGCAACUUGAUAUAACUCCAUCGGUCUCUCGCUAUCUGGCCCCUCAUUCUCUGCCGAUUUCCCUCUUAUCUUGAUUCUCUGUACCUAAUUGACCGUGUCAUCUCACCCUCACCAGCCAACCUGAUCGCCUGCUGCAUUCCUCAUUCCUUUUUCGCUCCGUUACUCUACCGGUAGAGUUGGGUGAGGCUCCGACCGACCCCCACAUUCUUUCGAUCGGCCUGGUGCCAUCAUGUCCAGUCCCGCAGACGAGCAUAAGACCUUCCCUUUGCAGGAUAUGCAAAAUGGCAAACGACUCAAUUCCAACGAGGUGACGCCUACCUCCGAUGAUGACACAUAUGUCCACGACAGCCAGACCGAAGACCGGGGCAAUCGUUUAAGAGUCGAUACCUCCUACGCCGACGACAUCACCCCUCAUAUGAGCACACCCUCGGCGCGGCGCGAACAAUCCACUCGACUCGAAGAUGAUUUGAUGCUGUUGCAGGCCGAGCGCGUGGCUUCGCGAUCGACCCAAGGCGAACAUGGCGAAGGUGAGCGGACCUCGAUCAGCCGGUCGCGAUCCCGUCGCAGCGAGGCCGUGGACGAGUUCGACGAGGCGACAAACCCGCUUCAUGAGAAGGCCGCCGUCUACAAACCACCCGAGAGCCCCAACACCAGGCUGUCGGCGUUUGUAAAGAAGAUUCACCAGUCCAGCUUCAUAAUUCGCUACCUGACCUACAUUCUGCCCGUGGUGCUACUUCUCCUGAUUCCUUUGCUCGUUGGAGCUCUGGCGUUCCCGAAUGCAAGUGUUGGUGGUGUGAAGCUGAUGUGGUUCUCGAUCUGGUUGGAAAUUGUCUGGUUGACUCUCUGGGCUGGACGAAUUGUUGGCAAAUGUAUCCCUCCCGCGGUUAGUGUCCUGGCCAGCAUCUUCACCAACAACGCGAAGAAGUGGCGCGACAUGGCUUAUCAGCUCGAACUCCAUGCGGCUCUCUUCUUCUGGUGGCUGGGUGUGGAGAUUUCCUUCCUGCCAACCAUGAAGAACCACCACGUUGAUGGCAACAAAGGUACCCGCAGCUGGGAGAACACUGUCAACAAGAUCAUUAUUGUCAUCUUUGUUUGGACCAUUCUCAAUUUGAUUGAGAAAAUCAUCAUCCAGCUGAUUGCCAUCAGCUUCCACCUGCGUACCUAUGCCGACCGCAUCGAGAUCAACAAGUUCCAGAUUGGCAGCCUCGUCAAGCUGUAUGCGUGGUCCCGUGACCGCAUUGAGGAGACCGACGAGGCUUUCCAAGAGAAAGAAGACACACCAACUGGCGUCAAAACACCCUUACGAUACGCCGGAAUUGCCCACAAAGCCGCGAAGGGUGCUUUGAACAAGGCCGGUAACAAGGUAGCCGAUAUGGCUGGGGUCGUCGCUGCGGAUUUCACGGGCCGCAAGAUCCACGCCAGCUCUGAUCCUUACCAGGUCAUUCGCACUCUGCUCCGCACUACAUCGGGUUGCCAGGUUCUGGCUCGGCGUUUAUAUCGUACUUUCGUUCGGGAUGGAUUCGAGACCGUGUUCUCGGGUGACCUCAAGGAGGCAUUUGAUAACAGCGAAGAGGCCGAGGCGGCCUUUUCUAUGUUUGAUCGUGACAUGAACGGUGACAUCUCGAUGGAGGAGCUCGAGUCUGUCUGUGUGGAUAUUGGCCGUGAGCGCAAGUCGAUCACUGCCUCUUUGAAGGAUCUCGACUCGGUCGUGUCCAAGUUGGACGACAUCUUUAUGUUUUUCGUCAUUGUCAUUGUCAUCAUCGUCUUCUUGUCUCUGAUCUCGACCUCCGCUGCUGGUGUACUUACCUCGGCUGGAUCCAGUAUCCUGGCUCUUUCCUGGCUAUUCUCUGCUACGGCUCAAGAAUUCCUCCAGUCCGUCAUUUUCGUGUUUGUCAAGCAUCCUUUCGAUGUCGGUGACCGCGUUACUAUCUACGGUAACACGGGUGAUGCUGGUCUUGGCGACGAUUUCUUUGUCAAAGAAAUCACCCUUUUGUAUACGGAAUUUAAGAAGAUGCAGGGUCAUGUCGUCCAGGCGCCAAACAGCUAUCUGAACACUCUCUUCAUUCUCAACCAGCGUCGUUCCGGCGCCCUUGCCGAAGCAAUCCCCAUCAUUAUCAAGUACGGCACCACCAUCGAUCAAAUCGACGGUCUCCGCCAGCGCCUCUUGGAAUUCGUGCGCAGCGAAAAGCGCGACUACCAGAGCAACAUUCUAACCGAGUUGCGUGCCGUCACCGAAAACUUCUCCCUCACUCUCAAUGUCGUCUUUUUCUACAAAUCCAACUGGCAAAAUGAAGGCCUCCGUCUGCAGCGGCGCAACAAGUUCAUUUGCAUGCUCAUGAUCGCCCUCCAAGAGAUCGGCAUCGAGGGCCCACGCAUGAACCUCCAGGGUGCCAAUGUCGACAUCCCCUUCCACGUCAACUACGGCCAGCCUAUGAUGGCACCCACCCCGAAGAAGGACCACGAUGCCCAGGAGAUCGAAGAGGUACCCAUUGGGAAGGAAUCAGGGUCUUUGGCAGAAAACACCGGCACCAGCAGUGCACUUCGCCAGCACUCUAUCUUGCGCAAAGGCAUGAACACUGCGGCAGCCCGCGCCCGCGGUCAGUCUACCUCGCGCAAACAUGUCGACUUCUCUCUCGGCAUGUCAAACAUGUCCUCAAACGAUAUCAUGGGCGAUGUAUUUGAGGAUCGCGGCGUCCGCGUUGAUGAUGUCGUCCGGACUACCAAUCGUGAGACUCAGGAGCGCCGCAUCCAAGAAGCCGUAGAGGAGGAUCAAGAUGAGGUCCGCAGCCACAACUCUUCGUCUCGAAUGUCCUCGCGCCACCGUCGCCCUUCAAAUCUGAGUAGCCACUUACAUGGCCGCCCUUCGACGGAAGCCCCUAGCUUCACGAGCGGCGCCUCGUCGACCCGGAAUCGCUUCUUCCGUCACCAUCAUAAUGCCAGCCGUGACCGUGAUGAUCUGAUGGAGCAGGGACGCGUUGAUUCGCCUCCUCCCGCGGCUGUGGUGCAAGCCACGCAGGAGCAGCAGCAGCAGCAAUAUGACCGACCAUAUUGAAAAGCUUGACAGCUUGCAAUUGCAUCACGGUCGAACUUCUUGGAACAUAUUCCUCAGUUACGCUUUCUUUCUACUGCCCACCUACAUCAGCAUUGUGCAUGUCCUUUCCUCUUGAUACAAGACCGCCCGUGUCCUGGGGUUAUGGGCGUCUUUAAUUUUGUGUUUGUUUCAAGCCUUCUGGCUUGGGUUGGCUCUUUGCAUCUUUUUUUCAUACAUAUAUCCCAACACUGGCGGUUUACAUUCAUUUGCAUUUCCAAACUAUCUUGCAGUCUAGAUGUUUUCGGAAAGUAUUCAUCUUAAAGAUCUUUCAAUCUGUGUUUCCCAUCAGCGCCUCCCAUAACCAUUGCCAUCCUGAUGUAGCUGUCUUCAAUGUAGUUUCAACUAGUUUUAGAGUGCCCGUGCAUCAUAAAUCU